GUCCCGACAUUUGUUAGAGAAGGUUCACAACAUCCGAAGGAGAUAAUAGGAAAUAUUUUAGUGCUUCCAAUUCGAAAUUAGGCCAAUAGGGCGAAAGUUCGCUGAACUUGCGCGUGCGCAAAACAUCUAAAAAUACGUGUUGUUAAUGACCGUUUGCGAAGUAUUUGAACUCUCCCUUGUUUCCUGUCGGAUGAGCCAUAGAUCGUGUCUGGACAUUGUAGAGGGCAGUGUGGUGUGAAACUGGGAUAUUUUUCGUAAUAUUGUGAAAUGACACGAGGCCCAACCAUAGUUCGUGUUGCGCCGGGAGUCGGCGGCGGCGGCGGCGAGCGUGGCAUCAAAUGUUGUUGCUGCCGCUGCUGUGAGUGCCUCAACUUGGGCUACCUCACUUCGCAACAUGGAUUGAUAAAACUUGCUGAAGCGAUGCUAGGCGGACUGUGCCAGAGUUUGCUGGUGAAGUACGGCAUGUCGGCAGCCGGCACGCUCGGCUCGGCCUUCCACGGGUUCCUCACCACCGCCUCGGCCUGCCUGCUUACCACUGCACUCCUCAUCGCCUGCUACGUGCUGUCGUCUAACUCGCAGCACCUCAUCAAGCAGUCCGUGUUUGAAUGCUUGUUCAACGCGACGGCCUGCUUUCUGUACCUGUCUGCUUCAUCGUACAUGGGCGUGGCGGUGAACCUCUACCUCUACCCGCAGUACGCUAUCAUAAGCAUGUACUCUGCCUACCCAGCCAUGACUGCAGUCUAUUACAUUGGAGUAGUUCUAGGAAUUCUUCACGGCGUCGACGCGUACAUCUCAUACAAAUACCUCAAAGGAUAUCGAUGAAAAUGUCACAUGAAUCAUCGAAAAAUAUUUACUAUAUAAUCGAAACUAACAACUCAUUCCAUAUUUUAUGGUUUAGCUUAUAAUAGUUAAUAAU